AGCAGCCUCAGCCCGGAGCGUGGGGCGGAGCCUGCGGGGUUGUUUGGCCUCGCGGGGCACCCGUAGCGGCCUCGCGUCACCCGCGGCCUGGCGCGCGGCGGAUCCUGUCAGCGGGGCGGGCGAGAAAAUGCUAAGAAGUCUGAAAGGCCUCUUCUGCUCCCCUCUGAAGUUGGAGCAUGGAUUUGCCCUCCAUGCAGCAGCCAAGGAUUGCUUCAGUUCCCUUGCCAGUCAGGAUGCCCAAACUCUGCCAGAAAAACCCAGGGCAGUUUUCUACACCAGUGAGAGUGACCCGGCCAAGCACACGGAACACCACGAGGGGCGCCACUACAGCAUUCCUCUGGAGGAGCUGAAAGUUGUGUUUCCCCAGGGGCUGCCCCCUCGCUUCCAGCAGCAGAUUAAGACCUUCAAUGAAGCUUUUGUGAUGGUGAGAAAACCAGCCCUGGAACUUUUCACUUACCUGAAAAGCUCCAACUUUGCACACCCAGCUGUCAGAUAUGUGAUCUAUGGUGAGAAGGGAACAGGGAAGACCAUGACCUUGUGCCACGUUGUUCACUUCUGUGCCAGGCAAGGCUGGCUGGUGCUGCACGUCCCUGAUGCUCAUCUCUGGGUGAAAAACUGCAAGGAACUUCUGCAGUCUUCCUACAACAAAGACCGACUGGAUCAGCCUUUAGAAGCCUCUUCCUGGCUUAAGAACUUCAAAACCUCCAACGAGCGCUUCCUAAAAGAGAUAAAAACACAAAAAAAGUAUGUGUGGGGCAAACAAGAAAGCACAGAGGAGGGCAGACCAUUGGGUGAAGUGGUGGAACAGGGUUUGACUCGUGUGAAAAAUGCCAGUGAUGCUGUCGGGGUUGUGCUGAGGGAGCUGAAGCAGCAAAGUCAGCUCGGCUCCUUCCGACUCCUCGUGGCAGUGGACGGCGUUAACGCGCUCUGGGGAAGGACUACACUAAAGAAGGAAGACAAAAGUCCUGUUUCUCCAGAGGAGCUGACACUCGUGUACAACCUAAGGAAGAUGAUGAGGAACGAUUGGAAUGGAGGAGCCAUUGUGACCACCCUCAGCCAGACAGGUUCCCUCUUCAAGCCCAGCUCUGCCUAUUUGCCCCAGGAAUUGCUGGGCAAGGAGGGCUUCGACGCUCUGGAUCCCUUCGUUCCUAUCCCUGUCCCCAACUACAGCCCGCGGGAGUUCGAGAGCUGCUACAGUUACUACCUGGACCGCAAGUGGCUGCAGCACGAGAAAGCGCACACGGAGGACGGGAAGGAGGAGCUGCGGUUCCUGAGCGGCUCCAACCCGCGGCAGCUGGACCGGCUUGCGGGACCCCUCUAGCACAAUCAAUAAAUGCGGGAGCGCUGGCGGCUCCCGUGGUGUCUGUGUCGG